AUGAUUGCUGCUACUAAAAAAGGGUUACAUUAUGUUUUGGAUAAGAACAGCUGCAAACAAACAGGGAAUUUCGUUGUCGUAGUUCUUGGCGGGGCUCCUGAAGCUUUAGAUUCAAGACCUGGAACAUAUGUGAUGCAUAUUAAUCAACGUUUUGGAUUUUUCAAAUUGGCCUUACAAACUGGAUCAUGUUUGGUACCGUGUAUAUCAUUUGGUGAACAAAGCUUAUAUCACCAAGUUUCAAAUGAAAAAGGAUCAUGGAUACGAUGGUUACAGGAUAAAUUUACAUCGAUUUCUACCGUCGCGGUGCCUAUUUUCUAUGCUCAUGGUCCGUUUCCGUAUCGAAAACCAGUUUAUACAGUAGUUGGUGCGCCGAUUCGAUGUGAACAAAUAAAAGAACCUACAAACGAACAAGUCGCACAUAUUAAACAAAUUUAUAAAGAAAGGCUUCAAAUUUUAUUUCAUGAUUACAAGGCAAUUUAUGAUCCAGAAGCUAAUGAUAUUGAAAGUAUCUAA